AUGGCCGAGCAGCUGCUGGAAGACAAGCUGACCUGCGCCAUCUGCUUGGCGCUCUACCGGGACCCGGUGACGCUGCCCUGCGGCCACAACUUCUGCGGGGCGUGCAUCCGGGACUGGUGGGGCCCCGGCGAGAAGGCGUGCCCCGAGUGCCGCGAGUCCUUCCCCGACGGCGCCGAGCUGCGCCGCAACGUGACGCUCAGCAGCGUGCUCGAGGUGGUGCGCGCCGAGCGCGGCCCGGCCGCGAGCCCCGCCCCGGCCGCCGGCCCGGACCCCGGCGCGCGCUGCCCCCAGCACGGGCGGCCGCUCGAGCUCUUCUGCCGCACCGAGGGCCGCUGCGUGUGCAGCGCGUGCGUCGUGAACGAGUGUGGCCUCCACGAGCGGGCGCUGCUGGACGUUGAGUGCCAGGCGCGCAAGGCCCAGCUGAGAGCCAUGCUGGAGGUCACCCGGCAGCAGACCACCCAAGCUGAGAGCCAACUACAGGAGCUGCAUCUUCGAAGCAGCCAGAUCCAGAGCUCAGCCUGCACCCUGGCUUCCGUGGUCUCUGGCAAAUUCAGCUGCCUGCUGCAGGCCCUGAAGAUGCGCCAGGUCAUGGCACUGAGGGACAUCGAGGUGGCCAAGAAACAGGCACUGGCACAGGCCCAGGAGGAGGAGCAGCGACUACAGGGCCACCUGGAGGCCACAGCUCGCUUUGACUGCAGGAUCCGGGACCUGGAGCAGUUGGAUGACCCAACCUUCCUCCAGGAAUCACAGCUCCUGGCGCCCCCCGGGCCUCUGGCGCCGCUGACUCCUCCACAGUGGGAUGCAGAUCAGCAGCUGGACGGCCUGAAGGAGUCUCUGAGCCAGCUUUGUGGCCUCCUCCUGGACAAGGGGGACCCUGGCGGGGCACCAGCUGAGGCUGCUGACUCGGGCUCCCUGGAGGCCCCAGGUGCCCUGGCAUUGGUCCCAAGCCCGGUUUGCCCGCUGAGGAGGAAACUUUGGCAGAAUUAUCGAAAUCUGACCUUCGACCCAGACAGCGCCAACCGCCACCUUUACCUGUCUCGGCAGGACCAGCAGGUAGAGCACCGUCCAAAGCCCCGGGGCCCAGCUAAGCCAGGCAGCUUCGAGCUCUGGCAGGUUCAGUGCACCCAGAGCUUCCGGUCUGGGCGCCACUACUGGGAGGUGCACACAUCUAACCACUCGGUGACGCUGGGCGUCGCCUACCCAGAACUGACGCGGCACAAGCUGGGACCCCACACAGACAACAUCAGCCAUGGGCCCAGCUCGUGGGGACUCUGUGUUCAGGAGGACAGUGCCCAGGCCUGGCACAAUGGGAAGGCCCAGCGCCUCCCAGGCGUGUCAGGGAAGCUCCUGGGCGUGGACUUGGACCUGGCGUCUGGUUGCCUGACCUUCUACAGCCUGGAGCCUGAGACCCAGCGGCUGCACACCUUCCAUGGCAUCUUCACCCGGCCCCUCUACCCUGUCUUCUGGCUCCUGGAGGGUAGGACCCUGACCCUGUGCCAUCGGCCUGAGGCCAGGCUCCCUUCAGGGCUCCAGGAAGAGGUCUCAGGGCUCAGCUGAGGAAGGCACAGGACGGAACUCUGGGCUGCGAAUAGGUGCCACCGUGCCUGUGUGCCCGAGAGCUGCCCCGGCCCCUGGCCUGGGGACCUGAGGCCACAGCUAUAAUGGGACCAGCUGCUGGCCAACAGACUGACUCAGGUCCAGGCCAGGCCUCUUGUGGGAGUGGGGAGGCCCCCCAGACUGGAGUUUACUUUUCCAGCCUUUGUUUUUUAUCCUCACUCGAGGACAUUUUUC